AUCUGAACGUGGAAGUUUUCUCUCUUUCUCUGUUUUCUGACUGUCACUAGUGUCUUUUUUGUUGUUUUGUUUCCUGUCACUGUCUCAGGAUAUAUCUGUGCUCCUGGACUGAACUUCUUGCACCGUGCAGACACUCCCAGUGAACCUGGCUGGUGGUUUUACCGGAUACCCAACUUCAACUAAUACAACCACAAGCGACCUGACAGCCUCUCUGAGCUCCUCCGACUCCACACAAACAAACACUGGACGUGGAGUGACAGACGCAGCAAACCCGGUGUCCUCAAGGAGGUGAAGCUCCAGACGUUUAUUCCCAGGGAGAGAGAGCGUCACGUCCAGGAGGGAUCUGCUCUGCUCUGGCCGGUGCAGAGACGUCCCGUCCGGCUGCAGGACGGUCCCCGGGUUAUGGCAGAGUUCCCGUCCAAGGUGACGACAGAGACGAGUCCGCCCCGGUCGCAGGCCUCUCAGCAGGGGGGGAACAGCCUCGGAGGGCUGGCCGCCAGCGUCACCGUCAGGAUGGACAUGACUUUCAUCAAGAGCAUCCCGGCCGUCCUCAUGAUGGCUGAGAUGGUUCUGGGCCUGCUGCAGUGGGCGCUCAUCGCCAGCGCCUACUACACGCUGGUGCCGGCGUACGGCUGGGUGAUGUUUGUGGCCGUCACCCUGUGGCUCCUCACCACCAUCCUCUUCUUCAUGAUCCUCUUCAGCGUCCAGCGGAAGCUCCCUGCUGUUCCCUGGCCCCUGACGGUCAUGAUUUACCACGGCGUUGCCACCGUGCUCUACCUGACCGCCUUCCUGGCCAACGCAGCAUCUGUCACGCCCUUCUACCGCACCUUCUACUACGGACACAUGGCAGCCGCCGCCUUCUUCGGCGCGGUGGUGACCGUGGCGUACGCUGCCAGUGCUUACUUCUCCUACUUGGACUGGAGGGGUGACGGAGGGAACGCCGCCACCAGCACCGUGCCCACAUAGGAGGCAAAACCCGUGGCACCGGGCCCAGGAAGGGGCCGCCUCACGGACCUCACGCGUCUCCAUCCAAACUCGACACAGAAAUAUUCGGACAUGUGCAGCUUUUUUGUGCAAACUAAAGCUUCAGUAUUUGUGUUCAGAUUCACCCUUUUCAGACAGAGCUGCUGACACCUGAGUCUGAGCCAGACGUCCCAGCUGAGGUGAGUUUACCUUCCCAAAAGGACCGAGGCCUCACGCUCAGACCCUCCUAAACUGCCUGCAUGGUUGGUUUUACAGUUGCAAGACAAAAGUGCCAGAUUUGGUCUUGAUAAGCUUCUAAAAUGUCAUUUAUUCCUUUUUUGGGGAGGAGAUGCUGCUCUCUUGGCCAAUACCAGGUCUUUUUUUUUUUAAAUGAUGAAUGCAAAUAACAAUAACUUUACAUCCAUGAAUAAACGUGACUGCUGUAGCGUGUUAGGUGGCAGCAGCAGUGGUGCUCAUGAGGAAAAGAGAUGUGAAAGACCAUCUUAAGCACAUUUUUAUUAUUAUUUCACACUCCUCAUGCUCUGGACAUGAUUCAGACUGAACUGUGCAGCUAGUGACAAUAUCAGCCCAGUUAUAACAGAGCUGUAAUAUACUAUUGUGUCUUUCAUCAGCUAAGUUUCUUGUGUGAUUAUUAUGGCCCAGCUCUUCAUUCGGGCCUAAAACCUUUAAUUUAAAAAUCUGAUUUGAGCUCAGGAGUAAAUCCACUUUGUUCACAUUUGUGAGCGCCAGUUUCACAGACAUGGAUAAAUAAUGUCUCUUUUAGAUGUUGUAUGCAUACAGAUUUUAUGUCUUUAUUUUUUUCCUGGUCACCUCUAAUGCGAUG